CGGGCAUGGCGGCGCCCGCCGCGCUGCAGAGGAGCGUGGUGUCCCCUGCGGGCAGGCACACCGCCUCCCUCAUCUUCCUGCACGGCUCAGGUGACACUGGCCAAGGAGCAAGAACGUGGAUAAAACAAAUUUUGAAUCAAGACAUGGCUUUCCAACAUGUAAAAGUAAUUUACCCAACAGCUCCUGCCAGGCCAUAUACACCUAUGAAAGGAGCCUUUUCCACUGUGUGGUUUGACAGGUAUAAGAUCUCUAAUGACUGUCCAGAACACAUUGAAAGUAUUGAUUCUAUGUGCCAGAGACUUACAGACUUGAUCAACGAUGAGAUUAAAAACGGCAUUGCAAAGAAUAGGAUACUAAUAGGAGGCUUUUCGAUGGGAGGUGGAAUGGCAAUGCAUUUAGCAUACAGGUUUCAUCAAGAUCUGGCAGGAGUCUUUGCUUUGUCUAGUUUUCUCAAUAAAGACUCUUCUGUUUACCAGGCUUUGAAAAGAAAUCAAAGUGUUCUUCCAGAAUUAUUUCAGUGUCAUGGAACUGCUGAUGAACUAGUUCUCUACUCAUGGGGUGAAGAGACCAACAAGAUGUUAAAGUCACUGGGAGUAUCAGCAUCACUUCAUACUUUUCCAAACCUUAAUCAUGAGUUAAGCAGAACUGAAAUAGAAAAACUAAAAACCUGGAUUGUAAAGAAAUUACCUGUUGAAGCAGCAAAGACAAACGAAUAAAAGAAGAUGCAGCUUUCAUAUAC